UGAUACUAGGUUUUAGCCGUGAGUGAGAUAGAUACUGCCGCCUAUUAGUUCCUCCUAAAACACCGUACCCUGUUCUCAAACAAACCAACUCUCAGCUUUUUUCAUUUUACGGCAAACCUUCAAACCUUCUCUCAGAUUACCAAUACCAGAUUGAAAUCACUCUAAUGGAUUUAGGAUCAUCCAAAGAUGCUCCUGGCGGUGGUGGAAGAAGGAAGGUGAAGUUUGCACCAAGAGCACCGCCCCGUCGAGUGAAGAAAGAAGAAGUUAAAUCUGAAGUUGUUGAGGAUACUGAUGCAAAUGUGGCUAAGGAUCUCCUCCGGCGUCUUAAUGAGGGUAAAUUAAGGCACAAAGUUGAGAAAAAAGUGUCAGGUUCACAAAUUGCUUUUGGUGAUGGAGGAGUAGCAUCUUCUAUCAAAUCCUAUGGAUUUCCCAGGGGUGGGAGCAGUGCCAGCGACGGCCAAAAUUCAGAAUUCAAUGGUAAGCUGCAGAAAGAGUACAAAGAACCAUGGGACUAUUACAGUGAAUAUCCAACAACUCUUCCUUUGAGGAGACCAUAUUCAGGAAACCCAGAAUAUCUUGAUGAGGAAGAAUUUGGGGAGGCUGCAGAAUCCAGAACUUAUGAUGAAGAUUCAGCAAAUUCAGCAGUGGAGCUAGGCCUUUUGGAGGAAAACCCAGAGACAAGUAUGUUCUUGAUGCGUUUACCAACUUUGCCUAUCCCUAAACAAUCUGCUACUGCUGGAGGGAAAGGUGAUAAUGGAAACAACACUAAACGUCCUGAAGGUUCAAAAGAUGAGAAGAAGAAGCCUGAAAAUAAGUUGAAGAACUUACCAGCUGGCUACAUGGGCAAAAUGGUUGUCUACAAGAGUGGUGCAGUCAAGCUGAAGCUUGGUGAUACCCUUUAUGAUGUUUCCUCUGGUAUGAACUGUUCAUUUGCUCAAGAUUUGGUAACAAUCAACACUGCUAAAAAGGAUUGUUGCGCAGUUGGGGAGAUUAGCAAGUGUGCUACUAUAACUCCGAACGUGGAUUCUCUUCUCGACAGUCUUGCUGGUUUAUGAUAAAUUGAACUUGUUUUACUUUGAAGUAUAGUUUGAUUCAUUUUUAUAACAUUAUUAAAAUUAUUUGUCUUACUAGUGUUGAGAAGAAAAAUAUAAGUAUUCAGUUUUGGAAUAUAUUAAUUUUCUAUAAAGAAAUUUUUUAAGGUAA